AUGAGCGAACCGAAUGAAAAAAUUUUUUACAUUCCGGAUGAGGAUUAUGAAGAUGAUCCAAGUACGCUCGCAUAUUAUGAUGAUUCGUACUUUUUUGAUGAUUACGAGGCAUACUGGGAUGUUGAUGAUGAAGAAGAUGAGGAAUGGGUAUAUUGCAAUGGGAAUGAUUUAACUGAAUCAUUCGAAAUUGUGGACCCAGCAACUAUUAUGAUGGAUGAACAACAAACAACAAGUUCAUCAAACAAUAAUGAAAGCAACAAUCUUCGAGAUCAAGAAUCAGAUGCUAAUGCUAAUGCUAAUGAUGAUGAUGAACAUAAUUUCCCCGUAUAUCACGCUAAUUUAUCCGAUAAUCAAGAAGAAUCGGAUAAUGAUGAUAAUGAUGAAUAUUUUCCUAUUCAUCAUGCUAAUUUGGCUGAAAAUACCAAUGAUGAUCAGGAAGAAUCAAACGACGAAGAUGACGACAUGAAUCAACACUAUCAUUACCUACCAAUUCGUCGUCAUAGUAUUUAA